GUGUGCAUUUCAUCAACCAGCUCAUCAAGCAAAUAAACUAGUGGAGAGCAAGUUAACUUUUCAAGCGCAGCGCGCACCGUUCGAUUCUUUUACACCGCCCCCUCCUUUCUCCCCAACUUUCCCCCUCUUUCACACACUCUCACGCCCCAUCCGUCAAGAAUGCUAACCUGGUAUCGCACCGCCCUGACCAAACGCCCCGUCCUAACCCAGUGCCUCUCAACCUCCUUCCUCUUCGCCGCCGGUGACGUAAUCGCCCAACAAGCUAUCGAGCAGCGGCGCAGCGAUGGCUUGCGAACGCACAACCCGUACCGCACCCUACGCAUGGCCAUCUACGGCGGCAGUAUAUUCGGCCCCCUCGUGGUGAACUGGUACAAAUUCCUGCAGACGGCAGUCCGCAUUCCCGCCUCGCCGAGCCUGGAAAUCGUGUCGCGCGUGGCGCUAGAUCAGACCCUGUUCACGCCUGUCCAUCUCACGCUGUUCUUCUCCAGCAUGGCUACCAUGGAGGGGAUCAUGGGCGAUGAUGGGAGGGAGCUGGGGACGGAGGAGAGGGUCAGGGGGAAGUUGCGGGAUAAUUGGCUGCAAGGGUUGAGGGCGAACUGGACGGUUUGGCCGGGGGUCCAGUUGGUGAAUUUUAGGUUCGUGCCGUUGGAGCAUAGGGUUUUGGUGGUUAACCUUGUUAGUCUUGGAUGGAAUUCGUACCUGAGUUACUUGAAUCAGCAAGGGAAGGGCAGGGAGGGGGAGACAGGGAAGGAAGUGUUGUGAUAUUUGCGAGGGCUCGCACACCGACAUGGCAUGAUAGGGCAGACGCAAUGGACUACGGAGGGGGGGAAAUGGGGUAUCCUAGAGCAUAGAUUCACUUCCCGCAGGACUGGGGUGAUAGAAUAAAAAACACUAUGAU